AUGGCCGCCGCUCGCUCUGCCUUCCGUCUUACCACCCGCUUCGCUCCCCGCGUCGCCAUCCGCAGCCAGGCUGCCCGUCCCUUCUCCGUCUCUGCUCGCGCCUUCAAGAGCGACGUUGUCAGCGAGAAGGAGGUUCCUGUCUCUGUCUACGCUCCCGAUGCUAAGGGCACUGGUCAAUCCGACCACUUCUCCAUUCCCGUCCGCGAGCACGACUCUCGCCCUCCCACCGAGUCCCCUGUUCCCGGCCCUGAGAAUGACGAUGUCGUCCCCCUCACCCGUAAGACCUUCGACUCCAUGCCUCCCAUGAUGCAGAAGCUCUCUGUCAUGGGCAAGACCAUUGUGGUCACUGGUGGUGCCCGUGGUCUGGGUAACUACAUGGCUCGUGCCUGCGCUGAGGCUGGUGCCAAGGCCCUGGUCAUCUUCGAUGCCAACCAGGAGUUGGGUGACGAGGCUGCUGCCGAGCUGCACCAGAAGACUGGCUUGCCCGUCACCUUCUUUAAGGUGGAUGUCCGUGACGGCGCUGCCAUUAACGCUGCAGUCGACUCCGUGGUUGAGCUCUACGGCGCUCCUGAUGUUCUUGUCAACUCUGCCGGUAUCGCUGACUCCAACAUCAAGGCCGAGACUUACGACCCCGCCAUGUUCCGCCGUCUUAUCGACAUCAACCUGACUGGUUCUUUCCUCAUGUCCCAGGCUGUUGGUCGCGCCAUGAUGAAGGCUGGCAAGCCUGGCUCCAUCAUCCUGGUCGCCUCCAUGUCUGGCAGCAUUGUCAACUACCCCCAGGAGCAGUCCUGCUACAACGCCUCCAAGGCUGGUGUCAUUCAGUUUGGCAAGUCCCUUGCUGCUGAGUGGGCCAAGUACAACAUUCGCGUCAACUGCAUUUCCCCCGGCUACAUGGACACUGCCCUCAACCGAGUCCCUGCCCUUGACGCCCAGAAGAAGAUCUGGAAGUCCCUGACUCCCCAGGACCGCCUUGGUGCUGUCGACGACCUUAACGGUCUCUGCGUCUUCCUGGCUUCUGAUGCCUCCAGCUUCAUGACUGGCUCCAACGUCAUCAUCGAUGGUGGUUACACUUGCUACUAA